UCAAAGUUCACUGAGAGAGAGAGAGAGAGAGAGAGAGAGGAGUUAGUGACGUGGCACCCACCGCAUGUCAGGCGCAUUGGCACAGGAGGAGGAGGGAAUUAUGAAUCCUAGAGUUGAUAUGUGGAUUGUUAUAAAGUGAGGCUUUGUACUCGUGGCGUGUCUGAUAAUUCAGAAGUGGAUGAAUUCCGCCGAGUUCCAUUUGUAGCCAACACUUAGUGAGUGUUCAAUUUUUAACUCAAAUGAAACACAACUCUAGCUAACAAUUGGGUUGUUUUCAUUUUUGAGUCUGUUUCACUUCUGGGUUUCAUCUCAAAUUUGAAAUAAGUUGGUAUUAGUGUGAGAGAGAGGAGGGUGGAAGGAGUUUUGAUGGCUGGGUUUGGAUCACAAUGGAAUAGUUUGAGUUUGAGGUCAGUAGGAGCAAUUUUUAUCUGCUCUCUAGUUGUAGCAUCCAUGACUAUUGUAGCCGAGGCAAGAUUGAAACAGGAAGGUUCACGUGAUAAUGAGAAUGAAGAGACUGAAUCUGAUAUCUUGAUGAGAGUACUCAAGUUCUUGUGGCAAAAAGGCCAAUUGGGUUAUACACAUGUUUGGCCUGAAAUGAAAUUUGGCUGGCAAAUUGUGGUGGGUAGCGUAAUUGGAUUCUUUGGAGCAGCAUUUGGGAGCGUGGGAGGUGUUGGUGGGGGUGGUAUUUUUGUUCCCAUGCUCACCUUGAUUAUUGGGUUUGACGAAAAAUCAUCUACUGCAAUAUCAAAGUGUAUGAUUACGGGUGCAGCAGCUUCAACAGUUUACUAUAAUUUAAAGCUUAGGCAUCCGACACUUGAUUUGCCCAUAAUCGACUAUGAUUUGGCACUGUUGUUCCAACCAAUGCUGGUGCUGGGAAUCAGCAUUGGUGUUGCUUUCAAUGUGAUUUUUGCUGACUGGAUGAUCACAGUUCUUCUAAUUAUUCUUUUUUUAGGAACAUCAACGAAGGCUUUCUUCAAAGGAGUAGAAACAUGGAAAAAGGAAACUAUAAUAAAAAAGAUGGAGGCAGCUAGACAAUUGGCUCCAAAUGGUGAUGGUAGUGCAGACGUGGAAUACAAACCUCUUCCUGGAGGCCCAAGGAACGUUGCAGGAACAGAAUCUAAUGAGUCUAAAAGAGAAGAGGUUUCUGUUCUUGAGAAUGUUCAAUGGAAGGAACUUGGAAUUCUCUUUGCUGUCUGGUUGAUUAUCCUUGCAUUGGAGAUUACCAAGAAUUAUACCACCACUUGUUCAGUGGCAUAUUGGGUUUGCAAUCUAUUGCAGAUUCCAGUUGCUCUUGGAGUUUCUUCAUAUCAGGCUGUUAACUUAUACAAAGGAAAGAGGAAGAUAGCAUCGAAAGGCGAGGCGGGCACAGAUUUUAAAGUACACCAGCUGGUUCUUUAUUGUUGCUGUGGAGUACUGGCUGGAAUGGUUGGUGGGCUGCUUGGUCUUGGUGGAGGAUUCAUUUUGGGACCACUUUUUCUGGAGUUGGGAGUCCCCCCACAGGUGUCAAGUGCCACAGCCACAUUUGCCAUGACAUUUUCUGCAUCCAUGUCUGUCAUAGAGUAUUAUCUCUUGAAACGUUUUCCAGUUCCAUAUGCAUUAUACUUUGUCGCGGUGGCAACCAUUGCAGCCUUCGUAGGACAGCAUGUAGUAAGAAGGAUUAUCAGAAUAUUAGGGAGAGCAUCUAUAAUAAUCUUCAUUCUGUCAUUCACAAUAUUCGUCAGUGCAGUAUCGCUAGGUGGAGUUGGUAUAGCAAGCAUGAUAGUAAAGAUUGAAAACCAUGAAUACAUGGGAUUUGAGAACAUUUGUUCGUAUGAAGCGUAGUGUCGAUCUUCAGUUGUAUCAGUAGCUUUGGCAUUUCAAUUUUCUCAUUGUGUCACUGAAUCUUAUGAUUUUGAAUUUUUUAUCAAUAAAAAAAAACUCUUAGAAUUGAUAAACA